GCUAGCAGGACUCGUGCUUCACAUUGAAAGUUUUUGGCGUGUGAAGUUGUACAUUGGCUCAGUUGGGAUUUACGAUCCGUGUGGUCAAGUUGUUUCUAGCGCUUGUACAGCGCGUGGCAUUUAGUUAUUCGCGUAGCCACGUCUUCCUCUCCUACUAGCACUCGGACAUGGACAGUGGCCAUCGAGCUUUAAGCCCCGUCAUGUUUACCCCCAGACAUUGCCAAUUUCAAGUGCUGCCGUGUGCCAAGUGUUAAAAGUGAAAACUGAAAAGUAAAACAACAAAAAUGGACUGGAAAACCAGCGAUGGUGCCGAGGCGGAAUUCAGUUGGAGUCGUUCGUUCUCGGAGCCAGACCUAGUAGCCAGCCAGAAGCACAGCGAUCGCUUCACAAUCAAGCAUCUGCACGAGCAUCUCGCCGUUGAUGAUCUCAAGUUCUUCCGACGCCGUCAGCCCAUACCUCAGCACACGCACAGCAACUUCUGUCUGUAUGAUAGCGAGGAGCCAGUGUUGUCCUUUGGCUCCUUAAAGUCCGAGUACCGUAAGCACUAUUGUUGCCAGGGCCACGCCCACGCGCUGCCACGAACACUGCUUAGGCGUGCCACAUCGCUGCGUCUGGAGGGCUUGAUGCAGUUGCUGUCGGAGCAUCAGGACAAAUAUCACUGGUAUACGCCCGAGGAUCUGAAGUUUUCGCGCACGUUUCCCGUGCGUAAUCCGGAGAACUUGCAGCUGGGUGGCACGAAUGAGCCGGAGGUAAUGAAGAGCUCAUCGUAUCUGACCUAUCCCAUGGUGGACAGUGGAGCCGAAAUAUUGCCGCGGCAAAUGUUUCGCGAUGACAAAGAGCAGCCAACAAAUCGUUUGGCCAGCGACAAGUUUAAGCGAGAUGUAGCCGCCCAGGAGCAGAAUCGCUGCCAUCUGCAGAUGCGGGCACAGGGCACACAAUACGAGCCAACGCCAUCCGAGUAUAAGCGACAGUUCGUAGAGCAGUUUCCCAUCGAGAAGGCGCAUUCGAUACCACAGAUAAGCAGCAUUAAGAUGCAGGGCGAGUUUAAUGCUGUGCCCGAGUACCAGGACAGCUUCAAGAUGUAUGCCAACUACUCGAAGAGCGCGCCCAUCAAGAAGCACGACAAUCUGCGUGUCUCUGGCGCCGAGCAACAGCAGCAGCUGCCGGCAGCGAGCGGCAGCGAUUUGCCGGAGUAUCGCGAUAAGUUUAAUGUCCCACCCAAGCACAUGGCCAAAGAGAAGUCCUUGAAGACGGACGAUCAUUUGCGGCCGCGCGGCGAAUUCACCAAGGAGGUGCCCGAGUAUUAUGAGAGCUUCCGUGAUCCGCACAUCACCGAGAUGCCGGAGCGUGGCAAGGUGCGUGAGCCGUACCUGCGACUGCGUGGCAAGAUCGAAUUCAAUCCAGAGUAUCGCAACAACUAUUUGGACUUCCCACGAUCUCGGCCAGUGGUGCGCAAGCCAGUCUCCUCAUUUCGAUUGCCCACCAGCAACAGCAACCAGAACGCCACCAACACUACCAGCACCACCACCGCCACCGCCAACAGCACAAGUCCACGCUUGGAUCGAGAGCAGCCGCUGACAGCCGAUGAGCUAACUGCCACGCCCGAGUAUCGACGCGCCCAAUACAAUUACCAGCUGCGGGAACGGGAGCGUUCACGUGAGCUUAUCGCUCCGCCUGGUAACCAGCGCAAGAGCUCGGACUCUUCGCUGGAUGCUGCACAGCUGCAGACCAAGCGACGCCCAGCGCGACAGCGGCAACUAAAGGAGGCUCCGCCGCCAUCGCUGCCAGUGGCGCCCAGCUUCGAGGAUGUGGCCACUGGUGGAGCUAAGAAACCAGCUCGAUAUGGACGACGCGGUUCAGUGCUGCAGAAUGCGGCCAAAUGCCGUGACAAAUCCUCCAUCAUUGAGGGCAAUCCCAAGUAUGCUGUCGGCUGUCGCCGUUCCAAGCAGAAUACAGAGAAUCAACAGGACUCCUUUGUUGUGCUCGAUGAGCCAUGCAAGCCUUCCAACUGGAUGAAGAAGACCUGGUAUGAUUCUUAG